UAUUAAUUAUAUAUGUUCAAGUUCAAUAAUAAAAAUAAACAUUAUACUACUUGUGCAUGUAUAUUGUAUAGUGUAUACAUUUAUGUUAAAAAAUUUUUAAUUAUAAAAUAUUGCUUUACAACUAAAGCUGAGUUUUAUUUUACCAUAUAUUUAAGUUAUGACUCAUUCUAAAUCUAAUACAACUUUCAUUAUUUUUAAAGCUUAUUCAGAAGAAAAUGACCCAAUAGAUCCAUAUAUAAACAUUUUAAAAAAUGAAGGAUAUGAAGCUAAUUUAGUACCUACUUUAGAAUUUGAAUAUCAUAACUUUGAUGUGCUUAAUCACAAACUACAAAAGCCACAAGAUUAUUCUGGUAUGGUUAUAACAAGUCCAAGAUGUGUACGCGGAAUUGUUAAGUGUUUGGCCGAUAGUAAGCUAGAUGAAAAUUGGCAUAAGAAACCUAUGUUUGUAGUUGGAGAAACAACAUCUCGGCUAGUAAACAAAGAACUUGGUUUUGAGCCAAUUGGAGCUGAUAGUGGCAAUGCCAUGGCUUUGAUACCUAUUAUUUUAAAAUAUGAAUUAAGUAAACCAUUAUUAGCUCCAUGUGGAAAUCUAAAUCUAAAUAUACUAUCAGAUAAUAUAAAAACUGUUAAAUUUGAGAAUAUAGAAGUUUACCGGACUAUACCACAUAAUAAUUUAAAGACAAAUUUAAAUAUGUUAUUGAGUCAAAUUAAAAACCAAAUAGGAGUUAUUUUUUUUAGUCCUUCUGGCUUUCGUGCAAUAUUAGAUUUGAUGCCAAAACAAUUAUUUAGUCAAUUACAUAUAUUUGCUAUUGGUCCUACUACAGGUGCUGCUAUUAAGGAAGCUGGUUUUAUUUUAACUGGGGCAUGUGAAAAACCAAAACCAGAGUCUAUGUUAGAGAUGAUACAGUCAUUUAUUAAAUAAUUUACUGACUUAUCUAAAUUAAUAUGUAACUAAGUUACCGGCUACAAUACCAUUGCUUUUUACACUUGGAGCACCUAUUUUUUGCUGGUUGUCUACAAUGAGCGCAAAUAUUUUCCUUGGCUUCAAAAUCAUCAAUAUGUUCAUAUGUUUCACUCAGUCUAGAAAAAAAAUAAAACAGUGAUAUCUCUCAGCUAUAUUAUUUUCAAGUCCUGAGAAAUGUGAUAGGUGUAUACAAUUUGAUUUCAAUGAUUAAUUAUUGUAUGAAUAACAAUUCUAAGCAAACUGUCUAGAAUAUAUAAAUUGUCAGUGUACAUAGGUAUUUCAAAAUAAUUUGCAAUUUUAACAAAUUUUGUGAACAUUUAAAAGUUUAUAACUUAUAAAACAGUGGUGACCAAUCCAUUAUUAACCAGCCCGUCAAAGUGAUUAAAAUUAAAAAAUAUAUAUAUUCUAAAAAUGUAAUGUUUAUAAAAUAUUUCCUGUCUUAUUGUAUUAUUGUCAAUUACAUAUAUUUAUAUUUUAUUUUAUUACAAGCAAUAUAUAAUAAAUAAUUAAAUUUAUUAA